AUGGAAGAAGAGAUUAUUUAUAAUAGUAAUUUAUAAAAUUAGAUUGAAUAAAUAAAGUAGGAGUCAAUUUCAGAAGAAGAAAAAGCUCUUUUGAUAGAUUUAGUUAAAUAAAUUCACUUUAUAUCAUCUGAAAAUCCUCUCGCUAGAGAAAAGGGGCAGAACCAAUUCGAAUAAACAUUUAAUUUUGUAUUUGAAAAUCCAAUUCUACAAGAUUGCUUAAAAUAGAUAUUUGGAGCUGCUUAAAGAUAGCUUGAAUAAAGUUUAUGGCAAGAAUAAAUGAGUGGUUUAUAUGCCAUCAGAAUUGAAGUAUAGAGAUAUGAUUGCACGCAUGAGAGAUACUAAGAAAUUUAUAAUUUUACUACUAAAUACCUUGAUAAUUAAGAAAAUAGAAUUAGAGAAAUAGCUUCGGAUAUUUUAGCUUGCAUAGGAGCCAAAGAUAAAGAAUGUUUCUAGCUUCUCAGAAGCCAUAUUUGCAAUUACUUAAAUUAGACUUUUGAAGCUGUUGUUCUUCCUUAAAUAUCCCAUGGAAUCAAUGAAGUGUAGGAAGAAGAAUCAAAAGAUAGUCAUAACAACUAGCAUCAUUCUCAUUAAGUUUAAGUGUAUAAGGAUACAGAAAUAUGUCAAUGGUAAACUAAAAAUUGCUACUUCUUAGAGAGCUAUAUUCAAUGCUUAAAAAAGUCAUUUCUCUUGAUGCAGCAAAAGAAUGAGGGUAAUGACUUAAUUGACAAAGAAAUUAUGGAAGUUACACUUAAAGCUAGUUUACAUGUCCACAAGCAUAUCCGUGAAGCCUCAGUCGGACUGGCUCAAGUAUUCUCAUAGAUCAUGAAAGAAGAAGAUUUUAAAGUAAAUGCUUAAGAUUUAAGUACAGUUAUAGGAAGAGGCUUAGGAGAUUCCUUUACUUAAGUUAGACACUAGGCUGUUAAGGCUGUUAAAGAUUUCUUUAAAAAAUGUGAAGAGUUCAAAAUAAAAGAUACUUUUAUUCCUUAGCUAAUUUACAAAUUUUGCUUUAACAUUCAUCACCCAGCAGAAGGUCUAAAAGCAUUUACCAGAUUGAGCUGGAUGGAAAUCUUCCCAGUGGGAGGAAGGGAUUUAGUAGCUCAAAAUGCAUUAGCAACAACUCAAUAUUAUAUUUUGUAAUCAUACUCAAGAAAUCACGAAAUUAGAUAGGCUGCCUGUAUAUGUCUUUAAGAAAUGAUUUCAAAGGUUAUGGAUACUAAUGAAUAGAGCAAAUAGGUAGUAAAGGGUCUGCAUAAAGAUAUUUUAGAAGCUCUUCUUAAUUGUUCUCAUUUUGAACCAAAUUCUUGUGUAAGAGAGGAGAGUCUGAAAUGCAUUUCAAAACUACUUGAUUAAAUGGGAGAGUUAUUGUCAGACGAAGAAAGAAACUAAAUAGCUGAGGUUUCUUAGUUCCAUUUGGCAGACUAAUCUAAUUAGGUAAAGCAAAAUGCAGCUAUGGUCCUUGGAUCUUUGUUCAAAUAAAAGUAGAACGAAGAAGAGAAAAAAGCUUAUAUUGAAGAAAUCAAGGAUAGAAUUAAAAAUGUUAGUAAGAUUGAUGUUUAACCCUCUGCUCCUUCUAACUCAGGAUAAGAAACUUAUGCUCAUCCCUCAUAAUAAUAAAUUUCAGUUGCAAAAAAUAGAUUUGUUUCUGAGUAUUUUGAAGGAUUGGUGGCAUUAGUAAAGGAAUUAGCUUAUGCAAUAGGUAAAGAAAAGAGCCAAAUAACAUAGAGCUUUUGUGAACUCAUUAUAUAUAACAUGAGAAAUCUUAAUUUUGAAAAAAAUGAAAAUAUCAAAGAAAACAUAUGGGUUAUGUACUCUGAGAUUUUAACGAAAACUUUAAAUAAAAAGAAUACCAAAGACUUAAUAGAAGACUUGCUUGACCCAGUAUUUAAAGAUUUUAAGCAUGAGAAAGUAAAUGUAAGAAAUGCAGCACAAAACUUAAUAAGAGAGUUAGCAAAAUUCAUAGGACCAAAUAUCUUAAAAGGAAGAAUAGAAAUGAAAGGAGAUUUAGCAUACAUGUCAGAAUAUGAUAAAUUAAAUUUAGUUUGA